AUAACUGCGCAUUUUUUUUGUUUGCCUCAAAAAUGCAACAUGAAAGCACUCUUCAGAUGAAGGAGUAUGUACCAACUCACAACUAUACAAGAAAGUUCAACAAUAGCAUGGUUCGGAUGAGAUACCUAACUGCAAAGUUCAAGGACCAUAUUGCUCUUAACCAAGAGAUAACACCAGAUUCUCUAGCUAAGACCAUGUCAUCUUCCAUUAGAGCUAGAGUUUCAAGGUCCCAGGCUUAUAGAGCUAAAAGAGCUGCCAUGUUGGAGGUUGAGGGAUCCAUUAGAGAGCAGUAUGCUAGGCUGAGGGAUUAUGGGAUGGAGCUGCAGAGGGUUGAUCCAGCAACAACAAUAGACAUAAAAUGUGACUUCAACAACCGGGAGAAGCUACCCAUAUUCAAAAGAAUGUACAUUUUCCUGGGAGCUUUAAAGGAGGGGUUCAAGGCUGGAUGUAGAGCCGUUAUUGGACUUGAUGGAGAACAUCUUAAGAGUUGCUUUGGGGGUUAG